UCCCGGAUGCCCGUCUCUAACAAGUUAGGAUAAACCAGAGAAAGGGGAAGAGAAAAUGGCUGCCACACAGCACCUUGUCUCCUCUCACCCAUUUUCUACAUAUUUCCAUCGUUCUUUUCCCAGUAUAAAGAAUCAGAGCUCGUGUUCCGCGCCAAAGAAAAGAAAAUGUGGGAAAAUCAUUGCAUGUUCGAUCAAUGAAAGAGAUCACACUCUGUGGGAUGGGGUUUCAAGAAGGGAUUUAGCAAUCAUUGGCCUAUCUUCACUUUCUCUAACAUUUCCUUGUUUGAGUUCAAGAGCUGAAGAAGAUGUGAGAAUGGCUUCAUUGGUUGAUGAGAUUAAUUCAUAUUCCUAUAUGUACCCUACAGAGCUUCCUUCCAAAAGAUUUGUCUUCAAAUGGGUUGAAUCCAGAAAACCAGAGCGGUAUUCAUCAGCCCCGCCUCUGUCACCUGAUGCACGGCUUCGCAUUGUGUCUGAAAGAGUUGAUCUCAUUGACAAUCUCAUUAUUUCUGUUACGAUUGGUCCACUGAAUUCAAAGCUCCUAAAGUCAAAGGACAAAAGUUCCUGGAGUGCGAAAGACGUUGCUGAAUCUGUUUUAUCUGAUAAGUCUGCUUUGAGGGUAACCUCAAGUCAACGGUUAGCGGAAAGCUCAGUCCUUGAUGCACAUUCUUCUCAAAUUGAUGGUGAACCGUAUUGGUAUUUUGAGUACAUUGUUCGCAAAUCACCAACAAAAACUGCUCUUGAAUCAAAUAUUUUCCGCCACUAUGCUGCUUCAACAACUGAACGAGAUGGUUACCUGUAUACUCUCAGUGCUUCAACACUUAGUAAGCAAUGGAGCGAAAUGGGACCAUUCUUAGAAAAGAGUGUUGCUUCUUUUCGUCUUCUCCCUCCUUCACAAAGUUAUGUUCCUCCAUACAAAGAUCCUUGGAGAUUUUGGUGAAGGGAUAUCAGUUUUGUCUGGAACAAAUAUGACCUCCCAACUGCAGACACUCAACUGAUGCACUGGAAUGAAGAGGUGGAAGCUCUUACAGCGAAUCUGAAGAUCAUACAUGGCAGAACUUUUUAAGCUUGAAAUGGAAUUGAACAAU